AUGCUGCUCAGCACUGUGGUCUUGCUCCUCCUCUGCCUGUCCUCAGGAAUGGGUGCCACUUUGGGGCACUUCCAAACUCAAGCAAAAGAGGAGGAGGCCAUCCCUACUGUGGAUAUUGCUGCUGCUGUUGAACCACAGGAAACCACAGUUGCUGAUGCUCAUGAAGCUGGGGAUUUUGUUGUAGACAAACCCAUGUCUGAUGAGCCUGUAGCUGAAGAGCAAAAUACCCAAAUUGUAGAUGCACCAGCAGCUGAAGAACCUGUUGCGGACACCCUUAUUUCUAAUGAAGCAGCAACUAAAAGGUCUGCAGCUGAUAACCUGGCAGCUGAGGAACCUGACAUGGAUGGCCCAGUAGCAGAUGCUGCUGCAGCAGAAGAGCCAGGGACACAUGCUGACAUGCUUGUUGCAGAUGCCCCUGCUAAAGAGGCCCUUACUGGUGAAGCUCUGGCCCAGGAUGGACCUGCUGAGGAGAAGGGGAACGAGAUUACAGCAGUCCAAACAGAGCAGUCUCUCAGCAGAGCCUUGGUCCAGGAGGAUUCAGGUUCUGGCCUCAACUCAAUCAGAGGCAGUUUCCAAGCUAUCAGCGGAUACUUUGACUCUUUGGUGGAGCUGGUUGGAGGGCGCAAUGGUGUUUGCCAGUACCGCUGUAAAUAUGAGAAAGUUCCUGAACCUCGCCCCGGCUACCAGAUCCCAGAGCCUAAUGGCUGCAGCUCGUCUCUAGUGGGAUUCCAGGUAGAUGGAGCUUUUGACCUGGGGAUCCCUGCCAUGACCAAGUGCUGUGAUCAGCUCGAUGUGUGCUAUGACACCUGUGGCACGAGCAAGUCCAGCUGUGACUCCAACUUUCGCUGGUGCCUGCACGGCAUCUGCUCUGAACUCAAGAAGAGUCUGGGCUUUGUGUCGAAGGUCCAAGCCUGUGAGUCAGUGGCUGAUGCCUUAUACAACACAGUGUCAACGCUUGGCUGCAGGCCCUACAUGAACAGCCAGAGGGCAGCGUGCAUCUGUGAGGGAGAAGUAAAGGAUGAACUGUGA